CAAACUUCCAAUUCUACCAAAUAAACACCUCUCUCCCUUUCUUUCAUCACGAUACCCAACGCAUUUCCAUUCAUUUCUAUUUUCAACCAUGCGUGAACUUGUAACUUUCGCUGUAGGUCAAGCCGGUAACCAAAUCGCACAAUCUUUUUGGCAAACGAUUCUAGCCGAACAUGGCUUGAAUAAUGACGGUCAAUAUGUAGGCUCUGAACCUGACACUCAACUUUCCAAAAUUGGUGUGUUCUUUGAACCAAGUGGACAAGAAGGCAAAUACGUCCCUCGUUCCGUCAAUGUGGACUUGGAACCUGGUACGCUUGACACAAUCAAAAGUGGGCCAUGCGGUAACCUAUUCAGACCGGACAACUUUGUAGCAGGAUCAACAGGUGCAGGCAAUAACUUCUCAAAAGGUUUCUAUACAGAAGGUGCAGAAUUGAUUGAUAGCAUCAUGGACGUAGCACGUAAAGAAGCAGAGAAGACGGAUAUGCUGCAAGGCUUCCAACUUCUUCACAGCUUGGGUGGUGGAACAGGUUCAGGAUUGGGUACCAACCUUUUGACAAAAUUACGCGAAGAGUUCCCUGAUCGAAUGUUGGCCACCUGGUCCGUUUUACCUUCUCCAAAGGUGUCCGACACAGUUGUUGAACCCUAUAAUGCAACCUUGAGUUUCCAUCAAUUGGUCGAAAAUGCCGAUCUUUCGUUCUGCUUGGAUAAUGAAGCUUUGUACGAUAUCUGUCAAAGAACGCUUCGAACAAAAGAACCAAAGCAUACCGAUUUGAACAACAUCAUCAGUUACGCAAUGAGCGGAUGCUCUACCACACUUCGAUUCCCGGGUCAAUUAAACUCUGAUUUGCGUAAAUUGGGUGUGAAUAUGGUGCCUUUCCCUCGUUUGCAUUUCUUCACUGCUGGAUUUGCUCCUUUGGUUGCUCCAGGCGCUCGUGUUUAUCAACAACUGUCGGUUUCUGAACUCACUCAACAAGGAUUCGACCCCAAGAAUUUGAUGGCAGCCAUUGAUCCAAGAUUGGGUAAAUACCUAACCGUUUCUGCCAUUUUCCGUGGAAAGAUUUCAAGCAGAGAUGUGGAACAAGAGAUGCAAAAUGUUCAAACUAAACAUUCAUCCAGCUUUGUGCAAUGGGUGCCCAACUGUAUCUCGACAAGUUUAUGUGACGUUCCACCGCCAGGAUUGCGCAUGUCUGCCACAUUUAUUGCCAACACCACAAGCAUCAAAGAUCUUUUCAGAAGAACACACGAUCAGUACACGCUCAUGUUCCGUCGUAAGGCUUUCUUGCAUUGGUAUUUGGAAGAAGGAAUGUCAGAGAUGGAAUUCACUGAAGCAGAGAGCAAUUUGUUGGAUUUGGUGGCAGAAUAUGAACAAUACGAACAAGCAGGUUUGGAAGAUGAUGAAGAAUACCUUGUUGAAGAGGAAUACAUUGAAGAACAACCAUCCGUCCUACAAGCACAACAACCAGUUCAAGAAUCUUAUUAUGAAGAAGAAAUUCCACAAGAUUCACAAGGAGGCUACGAAGGUGAAUCCAUCUUGGCAGAAUAACAAACACUUCCAAGAUAAAUAAAUUAAAAAUGACGAAGAAGAAGUGAUGACUGGAUCGAAUUUCUUCGAUCUGGAGUGUGCUUUUCCAAUUUUUGUUUCCUUUAAUGAGAAUGUAUCUAUUUAUGCAAAAGAAUGCUCACAUUUAAAGAGGAUUGAAUUGAUCAUUAUUCAUUUCGGCUUUGUGCAUUAUGAGCCCAUGCAUCAAGUGCCUCUUUUUUGUUUCUUACUCACUCCUUCUAGCGUCAAUCAGGAUGCACGCUAAAUUGUGCUUUAUUUAGUAGUGAUUGCUAAUAAAGAGAUUGAAAGAAAGCAAGAGCAAGUUCAUGACCGGCAUGACCUUGGAUUAUUCUUAAUUUCAUUUUGGCGUUUGUCAUCAAAUGACCGAUACAACUUUAUUGAAUACCAUCUUGUCAUGGCACCGUU